UAUCUUAAAUAUCUUAUAAGAUAUCUACCUGGCCGGGCACACGGCUGGUGAGGGGGGGGUCAUCCCGGGAAAGGCGGAGUGUGUGCUGUAAGCCUCAUCCACGGCAUCUGUAGGAAACCGUAGGACAUGCGUGCUGGCUAUGGGGGACGAGGAAGAGGAAGAUUACAUGUCUGAUUUGUUUAUUAAGGAGGAUGUGAGGCCCGGGGUGCCCAUGGUGCGGCGGGUGAGAGAAGCUCUUCAGAAAGAGGAAAAGCAAAAAGAAGCCAACGAGAAGAACAGGCAGAAGAGUGUGAAGGAAGAAGAGAAAGAGCGCCGGGACUUGGUGCUGAGCAGCGCUUUAGGCAACGAGAACAAAGGCUUCGCCUUGCUCCAGAAGAUGGGCUACAAGAGUGGGCAGGCACUGGGCAAAAGCGGAGAAGGCAUCGUUGAACCUAUUCCUCUGAACAUAAAAACAGGCAGAAGUGGACUUGGUCAUGAGGAGUUCAAAAAGCGAAAAGCUGAAGAAAAACUGGAAAACUAUAGACAAAAACUCCACAUGAAAAAACAAGCGAACGAACAAGCUGCAGAUCAAUUCAGGAUAAGAUUCAAAAACAAACAAGAAGAACGUAAGAUGGAAGGAGACCUUCGAAAAAGUCAGAGGGCCUGCCAGCAACUGGAUAUUCAGAAAGAUAUCAAAGCGCCCAAAGAGAUUUGGUAUUGGCUACAACCUGAAGAGGAAGACCAAAAGGAUGAAGAUGACAAGGAUGAUGAGUGCGCAGGCUCAGACUUAAGUGUAUCAGCAAAGUUACAAAUACUGACUGCUUAUUUAAGAGAAGAACACUUCUAUUGCAUUUGGUGUGGAACAACCUAUGAAGAUGCUGAGGACUUGUCUUCAAACUGCCCCGGAGACAGUGCUGCAGAUCAUGACUAAAGCCUUGCUAAAGAAAGGAGUUUAAAUAAGCAUGUAUAGUUGUAUUGUAACAAUAUGCCUCAAAGAAGGGCUGGAUUCUACAAGACAGUGAAUGUGUGUGCACAUGAGACAAGAUUCUAAGAGUGGGCAGUGAAUGUCAUCUGGAAGGACACUGAACGCAAAGCAGAAGAUUUCAACCUCUAAUUCAGGAAGUCUAUGAAGUUAAAGGUACUGAAUGUCUUGAGAGGAAUGGAAUAUGCAUCAAGAUCAGCAUCACUGUAUCAACUCUAUAUUCUAACACUCCCUAGUACGUGGAAUUAGUUACUGCAUGAGGACAAUAUCCUGAAUCAACAUUUGAUGUGACGCACUACAGCAAUUUUUAGUAUUUAGGAACAUCACCACUCUAACAACUUGUUCAUAAAGUGACUGUUUUAAAACAGUAAGCAACAUUAUAGCUGGCACAUGAAGCAGUGAAGACUUGGAAUUUUGUCCUUCAAAAAUAUAUAUUUUUUUAAGACUGUAUGGUUAUGCACUUGUAGAAAUGGUGAAAUUGUAUCCAAAGAACUAGCCGUCAAAUAUGUGUACGCAAUACAUGAUACUAGAACAAGAACAAUGUUUAAUCAAAUGCAGUAAGUGUUAGGAUAUACUGUCCCCUUAAAAUUUGACAAGUGAAAACUUCCUAGACUCACAUCUUACUUCCUUUAAUCACUUUAUUACCACAGAUGGUUAGUAUUCCUUGUCCUAAGGGGCUGUCUUGUGACCCAAUAACACACAAUACACUGAAAAUGCCUAUUAA